GUUGAUCGUGAGGUUACUAGCGAAGUACACUCAUUUGCAAACCAAUUUGGUUUUGCGAGAGACUCACCUGGAACUCAGCUGAAUCUCUCGCAACUGAAUGUGCUGCACCAGGGCACCUCAAGUUUCAGUCGCUACGAUAUUCGAGAUAUCGCGAUACAUAUAUAUUUUUGUAAUGCACUACUCAUAAGGCCGCUUUAUGUUCUAGUUAGUACGAUAUUUGAGAUAUCACGGUAUGUAUAUCGAUGUAACACACUACUCAUACAGUUGCUGAAAAUUCCUCGGUAUCAUAAACGAGAGAUUCAGCUGGGUUUCGGCGAUAUCUCGAAUAUUGUGCCAACUGAAUCACGAGGUGGCCUGGUGCAGCUCAUACAGUCGAGGAACAUCACGAACGAGAGAUUCGGUUGGGUCUCCCAUGAAAACCAAAUGGGCAUGCAGGUAUUUUUGUUCAUAGUCACACCACACUCGUUCGAACGGUCGUGUUCCUGUUCUGGCGUAAUUAUUCUGGUGAGCCCACACCAAAUGAGGGGAGCACUGGACUCGAGUUUCGCUCUUUUAAUAGAGCUCAUCAGCAGUACAUACCCAAUGGCCGUACCGGGAUUUGAACCCCAAACAUCUGACAUGCGAGGCGAGCGUGUAACCACUACCCAUUUAUCUCUCCUGUUUAAACCACUAGAUAUAUACUGA